AUGAAAGUAAAUAUUAGACUUUAGAAAUAUCAUUUUAAGCUUUAUUUUCACGUUCCAGUUGAAAGCAAUUGAAAUAGAUAUAUUCCAGCUUAUUUUAAGCAAAAACUAGGCGGAUCUCAUCUUAGAAAAUGGCCGAUUAUUGGAAGUCUCAGGACAGAAAAUACUGUGAUUUCUGUAAGUGCUGGAUCGCAGAUAACAAACCUAGUGUCGAAUUUCACGAGAAAGGUAGAAGGCAUCAAGAAAAUGUUAAAAAGAAACUUAAAUCUAUCACAAAAAAUAGCGCUAAAGCACAGAGGGAAACCGAGAAAGUUGACGCCACCCUCAGACAAAUGGAAGCUGCUGCUAUGGUAGCGUAUCGAAAAGAUGUCGAGACUAACUCUAGCGCCGACUUAACAUCCAUAGCUAUAAAUAAUAAGCUAAAAGAGGAUAAUUUGACUUUAAGUGGAAAUAGCACAAAAAUUUGGUACGAAGCGAAAUCUAAAGAGGGUCAUGUGUACUUUUGGAAUAUUUUAACGAAUAAAACGUCAUGGGAGGUACCGAAGGAAGGAUGUUUAAGUUUAAAAGAACAAAGAGAGGAAAAAGAUACAGAAACCGCAAAGCAGUUAAAAGAGUUGGAUAAAACGAGGAAAAUAGAAGGUCUUCAGAGAAUGCAAAUUCAGAAACAAGAGGAGGAAGAAGAGAGGGCGAGGGUUGCCAGAGAAAAAAUGAAGGAAAGGAGAGUGGAAGAAGAUAUUCCCGAGCCAGUUUACGGACCUAUUAUAGAUCCCGGAAAAAAUGAUCCGUAUGGUAAAUGGGAAACUGUAAAGCAGAGCGUAACUAUGGAUUUACAACUGCCUGUACAGCAUGAAUAUUUUGACUGUCCUAUUAUAGUUGAACCCGAACCAGUUGUAAAAGAAUUUAAAGAAAAAACAGUGGAGAGUUUGUCAAGUGAGGGGGCAUGUGGCAGUUUUAAGAAGAGAAAAAUUGGCGCCUGGGCAAAAAGGAAUACAAGACAAAGAUUAAACGACGAUUAGUAGUUGCAUUAUUUAGUCAUAUUUCAUAUACAAUUAGGCUACAUAUAGUUUUAUAUCUUAUCUUUCCAAUUACCUGUUACAAAAUAAAUUUAGAAAAGCACACUCUUGUACAUAAAAUUUCAUGAAAUAAACAGUAUAAAGUUAA